CACGAAUAAAAACAAAAGAAAUGAAGAUACAGUAAUAAAACUUGCUCAUAACCACUAUCAAUUAUUCCUAGCUAUUCCUUUUACAGCAUGAGCAACGGCAUCUCAGCUUUGGGGCCGGUGAUAUUCUCCGUCGCCUUUACCCCAGCUAUCCGCUAGAUGCGAAAGCGGCGUUGGUGUGUAACUCUUUUGACACGAGCGUUGUUUGCCUUUUUUAUACAUAAAAGUUGUAUUGUAUAGCGAUCCUUGCCAUUUGGUUUUGCGCUUUCCUUACUGGCACUUUCAAUAGGUAGAGAGACUCGAAUAUCUUUGAUAACAAGGCAAUCUUCUACAGCCAAAACCAUCUAUAUACUAUGUCACCUGCAGUCACAAAGAAGAAGUGCGGUGUCCUUGGAGCGACCGGCGCCGUCGGCCAGCGAUUCAUCCUUCUUCUCGCGGAUCACCCAUUUCUCGUAUUACACAAGAUCGGGGCUUCAUCUCGCUCGGCGGGCAAGAAGUACAAAGAUGCGGUCAUAUGGAAGCAAUCGGUCCCCAUGUCGAAAGAGUUGGGCGAACUUGUCAUCCAAGCCUGCAAAGCUACAGAGUUCAGCGAUUGUGACCUGGUAUUCUCCGGUUUGGAUAGCGAUGUUGCGGGCGAUAUCGAGAUGGAAUUUGCCAAGGCUGAAAUCCCAAUUUUCUCGAAUGCAAAGAACUACCGCAAACAUCCGCUUGUGCCACUCGUCGUUCCAACCGUGAAUCCGUCGCACUUGGAGAUUAUCCCACAUCAGCGCAAGGAGCUUGGUUUGAAGAAAGGCUUCAUAGUAUGCAAUUCGAACUGUGCCGUCAUUGGAAUCGUUAUCCCAUUCGCCGCUCUGCAAGCCAAGUUUGGUCCUGUUGAGGAAGUGGAAGUCUUCACCGAGCAAGCUAUCUCGGGAGCUGGUUAUCCUGGUGUCCCUUCUCUGGAUAUCGUGGAUAAUGUAAUCCCAUAUAUUAGUGGCGAGGAAGACAAACUUGAGAACGAGGCGCAAAAGAUCCUCGGUUCUAUAAACGGUGAUUCUACCGCGUUCGAGGAACAGAGUGGUCUACGGGUGAGCGCUACUUGCACCCGAGUCGGGGUUACAGAUGGCCAUAUGGCAUUUGUGUCGCUACGCUUCAAGAACAGACCGCCGCCAACUGCUGAGGAAGUCAAGAAGGCGUUACAAGAGCACCAAUCUGAGGCCUAUAGGCUGGGUGCUCACUCGGCACCAGAGCAGACAAUCAGAGUCUUCGAUGAGCCUGAUCGACCUCAGCCAAGACUGGACCGCAACAUAUCUAACGGCUAUACAGUCAGUGUGGGCCGCGUCCGAAGUGGCAAUGGCGGCUACUUUGAUAUCCGUUUCGUCUGCCUCUCACACAAUACUGUCAUUGGUGCUGCGGGUUCGUCUAUUCUGAACGCCGAAAUUGCCGCGAUCAGGGGAUACGUGUGAAUGCUAUCCAGGUAAAAGACAGAAGAAAUUUCUGAAUCUCUGAAUAUUUAUGCAGGGGCCUAUAUACCAGGUUUGUGGUAACGUGAUCUAACCUGGAGAUUCAUAGGAGAAAUUUGAAAUUAGCUUUUAUUCUUGGGCUGUUGUGGUAUUGUAAAUAUUUGAUAGGAAUAUUAAAGAGAUGCGAUACGUCUUUAAAAAGAUAAUGAGUGAGGAAGUAGGUAUGAAACAGGCACCACUUGUUCCAAAACUGAUCCCCUUGGCGGAAUCAGGACAACCCCC